GUAGUGGAGGCGGGGUCCCUGAGGUGUAUGUUCGGUGGAAAGCUAAGCUAAGGUCGGCCACCUGAGUGCAAAAGGCCCUGAGGUAGGGCAAGAGUUCCGGGGGAGCCCUAUCAAGAGCAGUGUUUAGGUGGUGGUCAACGGCUUCCGCGGUACCUCCAAAGAAGAUUUGGCCUAUAGCACCACGUUCUAGAGCUUUGGUGGUUCCAGAAACGAAGUGCUGCUGUAUAUUGGGUAGUGGGGGCAUCGGGCGUACUCCCCCCUUUUUCAGGCCCCUUCCAACGGGCGUGGGCGAAAUCGGAGGUUUCCCUGGAGGAGUCUCCAUGGAGGGAAUUUUAGCUUGUCAAACGAGAGUAAGAGAGAUUGAGCGUUUUAGAACAAAAUUUUCAAUCUACGAAAAAGGUUGUUGGAGUGUUAUUACUAAUGUGACUAGGGAAUGUCGGUGGCUUCCAAACUCUUCCCUUCCAAAAUUCAGCCUGCUGCUCUUGGUAAGUCCCAACUCUCUUUCUACCUCCUUUCCUUUCCCACCAAAUCAAGCUGCAAAAAGACGGAAUUAACACAGUCUCCAGGAAUGAUAUUCGUUGUCGCCCAAGCAGGAGCCGCUAUUUUCCCUUCGUUAAUUGGCUUGAUCGCUAGUCAAGCGGGUGUCAAAGUCCUCCCGCCUAUUGUAGCUGGCUUGAUCGUAGCAAUGGGUCUCAUGUGGAGUCUUGUGCCUAAAAUUCUAGAGGAUGAACAUGUAGAAUGAAGUUUUCAGCGAGACGUAGAACACAGGGAAGGGGGAGUUGACGCUUCGGAGGAUAUACCACAGUCAUUCUUGAAACUGAGUCUUGAAGAUGAGAACACCGAGAGGCUUGAAGAUGGCUGAACAAAGUAUUGGCUAGAGAUCUAAAACGAUUGAUU